UAUUCCAAAAAUCAACAGCUGAUGAAACGCCACUCAAUUAGUUUUGAGUGAAAAAGUUUUUGCCCUUUUGCUAUUAUUAGAUUAAAUAAUAUCAGGGCAAAACAAAGUUUUAAUUUUUUUUGUCAAGAACAUUGAUUUAAAAUUCAGCAUCUUUUAUCUGGAAAUCGUGAAUUAUUUGGAAAUGCAACAGCCGGAAUAUGGAAGCCUCUUCAUCUGAACACCACAAACGUCUGGAAUACUGCACUACCAGAUUGAAAUACCGUCAGGGCCGGGAAUUGAAAGCUGUCAAGGUUUAUACAGUGGCUAGUGAGUCUCGGCAUUUGCUGAUCUUUGGGGUACCUAAAAUAAAUCUUCAAGCUAAUCUCAAGACGAAAUUACAGGGAUUUGGUAAAGUACAAUCGUGUAUUUCGGUAACUUCAGAGAUGGCUUCAAAAAUGGAGCUGGAAGCUUUUACAGAUGUGUUUGCCGUAAAGUUCGAGCGCCUUGAGGUGGCGAGAAGAGCUAAGAAAAUGCUCGAUGCCCAUCAGUUCUAUGGUGGAAUCUUACACAUAUCAUACGCUCCAGAACGUGAAUCCCUCGAGGAACUUAGGGAGAAGAUCGAGCAGCGCAGACAUGAAGUAGCUUUUCGUAUACGGAGGAAUCAGAAGGAUCAACCACAAGUUCCAAAAAAGAGCCGGGAAACCACAUGAGUACAGGAUGUCAACGAUUUAUUCAACUUAACUGAUUUCAAUGAACUUCUAAGGCAGAACGAUGUCACUAUUAUCGACACAGCGUUGUGCUAGUUGCUACCGCUCUCUUGCCUCAGCUCCCCGUCCGUUCACUUGGCCAAUCCCCAAGCCUCCUGUACUAUUUCUGCUUCGUCCGGCGCAGGUCGUGGUAGUAAUUCAGCAGACCAAUGCGUUUUGCCCAUAUCUGUGCUCCAUACGUGGCCCAAAAGCUGUAGAUUACGGCAGGAUUAAUAAGACAACCAGUGAUGUUAAAAACAUAGACGCCAAACUUACAUGCCAAACAUGGCGCCGCCCAAGUGCGCUGCGUGAUCGAAGAACUUCCAGCCCAGCAUGACGCCGGCAAAGUCGAUGCCCAUUAGCACUUUAAUACCAGCUCCGGCAGAGAAUGUCAACGCGGGUAGAAAAAGAAUGCUAAGUUGCGUGUCCGGAUACUGGGUGCAUACAUAGGCCAGCAGUGUCAUUAUAGCUCCAGACUAAAGGAAGAGCUUUAAGUUUAUAUAUGCUACAUGGAAUAAUGGCUGCCUUACCGCACCAAGGGACAUCCCCGCCUGACUCGUGGCCGCCUUGUAGAGCACGCUCAUCAGACUGGAGAAGACGCCGGCGCUGAGGUAGACUGCCAAGAAUUGCUCUUUGCCCAACGAUACAGCCGCAGCGUUGGCAAA